GGGACGGACAAUAAAUAAUGGCAAGCCAACAAUGCCCGCAUCUGACAUAUGAUGAACAGGCUUUGAGGAGUCAAGAGAAUGUUCAACACAGGAAAUAUGCAAAAUGGAAGGCAGCGUAUAUCCACAACUGCUUGAAAAAUGGUGAAACUCCCCAGUCUGGACCCGUAGGGAUGGAAGACGAAUUACUUGAAAACGAGAGUAAACAUGAUGAUUCACAGUCACCAAUCUUGAAUAAACCCACUGAAUCCAUGCCAGCUGCAGACCUCUCCAACAUACAGGUGCAUCCUUGUGAUCACCCUCCAUCAAAUUUCUCAACCAUUCAGAUCCCUCCUGGCGCACAUGCUCCAGCCAACACUCCAGCAGAAGUGCCAGGCAGCUCAGUAUUGCAGAAUACUCCGACAAUACAGCCAGUGCCACAGAAUGUACCAAUAAUUGACCCAUCGUUGUACAGCGUAAAGGCUCAGGGUAAGAUCAGAAAUUUUUCCAAGAUUUCCAGCAAUAAGAUAAUUGAUGCUGUGCACAACAAGAUGUAA